CAGAGUGGCAGAGACACGUAACGCGUUGGCAUAUGGAAGAGGGCGAGAGUCUGUUAGCGAGCAGCGGCGGCGAUGACGUUUCCGCAUCGAGCUCCGGGUGGAAGGCAUUGAAGGAGGAGACGAAGAGGAUGGGGUACAUAGCAGGGCCGAUGGUGGCAGUCAACCUGUCGCAGUACUUCCUGCAGAUCAUAUCGGUGAUGAUGGUGGGUCACCUGGGCGAGCUCUCUCUCUCCAGCACUGCCAUCGCCAUCUCCUUCUGCGCUGUCACCGGCUUCAGUCCCCUCUUCGGCAUGUCAAGUGCCCUUGAAACUCUUUGCGGACAAGCUUAUGGAGCUGAGCAAUACCAAAAGUUCAGCAUCCAAAUCCACACCGGCAUUUUCUGUCUCAUCUUAGCCUGUCUCCCCUUGUCCCUAGUAUGGAUCUUCAUGGGGAAACUGCUGGUUCUCAUGGGCCAAGACCCCAAGAUCUCCGUCGAGGCCAGUAAAUUCUCCACCUGCCUCAUUCCCGCGCUCUUUGCUUACGGAACUCUCCAGCCUCUGGUCCGGUACUUUCAGACACAGUCCCUUGUCUUCCCUCUGCUCGUGAGCUCCCUCGUGACGCUAGUUUUCCACAUAGCGGUCUGCUGGACUCUGGUGUUCUACUCUAGCUUCCGGAACCUUGGAGCGGCCAUCGCCAUAGGCCUGUCCUAUUGGUUGAAUGUGAUUCUGCUUGCAUUGUACAUGAAGUAUUCCCCAAACUGCGCGAAGACGAAGACCCGUGUGUGGAUCUCCAUGGAGCUGUUCCGAGGAAUGAGAGAGUUCUUCAGCUUCGCUGUCCCUUCUGCUGUCAUGAUUUGCCUGGAGUGGUGGUCGUUCGAGUUUCUGACGAUGCUUUCUGGGCUUCUCCCCAACCCGAAGCUUGAAACUUCAGUCCUAUCUGUGUGCUUGGCAGUGCUCGCAACGCUCUAUACGAUCCCAGAUGGACUUGGGGCAGCAGUAAGCACACGGGUUUCGAAUGAACUAGGAGCAGGGAAUCCACAGGCGGCUCGCCAAGCCGUUGGCGUUGUCAUGCUCAUUACGGUGUUGGGGGUUGCUGUGGUAAGCACAAUCCUGUUCACCACGCGCCGCUCAUUCGGCUACAUAUUCAGCGACGAGGAAGAGGUGGUCCACUAUGUUGAAUCCAUGGCUCCUCUUGUGUGCCUAUCUGUGAUACUAGACAACUUACAAGGAGUCCUUUCAGGUGUGGCCAGAGGAUGUGGUUGGCAGCACAUUGGAGCGUACAUCAACCUUGGGGCAUAUUACCUUUGUGGGAUUCCCAUUGCUGCAAUGUUGGGUUUCUAUGCACACUGGAGAGGAAAGGGGCUUUGGAUCGGAAUUCAGAUCGGUUCUCUUGUUCAGACGGUUCUGCUAAUUAUCGUCACGACCUGCACGGAUUGGAACAAGCAGGCAGAGAGGGCAAGGGACAGAAUAUUUCAAGGAAGAUCUGAGACUAACAAUGCCCUGGAGUGAGCAAGCAAAAAAGAGUUCUUAGGAAGGAAGAAACUCAUGCUCAAAUCAAUUCUUUCCCCUACAUUAGUGGCUGAAGUUUGCUGAUA